AUGAGUCAAGAUUACUACCCAGGCGCAGGCUCCUCCAGGUCCGCCUCGUCUCGUUUUGCUGGCGAGGAUGAGGAACGAAGUCCUUUUUCUCCUCAAGCCCCGCCGGCCUAUAUGACCGUGGGCAAUGGUUCAACUUCGGAAAGUGCAACGGCUUUGAUGUCCUCUCUGGCCCAUGAUUCGGGAUAUGGAGGCAGCAUCGCAGGUGAGAGUGCUGCAGAGGGUGACUCGAGCGCGGCUUGGCGUGCAGGCUUGAUGGAAGACCGACCAACUCCGGUGCAUACCCCCACGCGUCCUGGCGAGUAUAACCCGGCUGCCGAGCAUGAAAAGCAGGUCGUCGCAAACCAUGUCCACCAGCUUCUCUACAACUCCAACCGGACCAAGCUUGCUCGCUCAAUCUCUCGGACAAUCGAAACAUUGAAGCAACUCCAGGAUAUGAACCGCCAGUGGCCCGCCCACUAUCCUUCCGUUCAAAAUGCCCAAAGCGCUCCCUCGUCCCCUACCACGCGUCCGGAACUCCACCAUACCCAGUCAGACUUUAGAACAGAUGAUUUGAGGCCGACAACCCCCCCUCGGCCCGAGCUGAAACGCGCCACGACUACGAUGAACGGAGAGGACAUCGGUGAAUCUAGUGCCGCUGCCGAACGCCGGGCGCCGCCAGAGCCUCGGUUGAUGACUCCGCAGAUUGCUCAGGAGUUCUCAAUUUUGAAGCUUGAUCUGAAGCUUGGGGCUUUGUCGCAGGCAGAGCUGGUGCAUUCGUUGGAAAAGGCUUCAAUCGCUUCGUUGUUGGAUGGGAGGAUCAGCCAGAGCGUCAAACACCUUCUUUCUUUGCGAGAUCGCAUUGAGGAUACCUCGAGCAAGGUUUUGAUCACAGGAGAUCUUAAUGCCGGCAAAUCAACAUUUUGCAACGCUUUACUCCGACGGAAGGUUUUACCCGAGGACCAACAACCUUGUACCAGCAUCUUCUGCGAGGUACUCGAUGCUCGUGAGAAUGCCGGAAUGGAGGAAGUACACGCAGUGCACAAAGACGUCCAUUACAAUCGUAAUGACGAGAGCACUUAUGAUGUUUACGCCAUGAGUGAGCUUGAGAAUAUUGUAGUCGACAACACCAAGUACAUGCAGUGCAAGGUCUAUGUCAAGGACGUCCGUUCUAUUGAUGAGUCUUUGCUCAAUAACGGUGUCGUCGAUAUUGCCUUGAUUGAUGCCCCAGGCUUGAACUCCGACUCUUUGAAGACUACAGCUGUUUUUGCGCGCCAGGAGGAAAUCGAUGUGGUUGUUUUUGUUGUGUCUGCAGCCAAUCAUUUCACCCUUUCGGCCAAGGAGUUCAUCCUCAAUGCCGCUCACGAAAAGGCCUACAUUUUCAUGGUGGUGAACGGCUUCGAUCAAAUUCGCGAUAAGAAGCGCUGCGAACGCAUGAUACUUGACCAAGUGGGCAAACUUAGCCCACGCACAUUCAAGGAGUCUGAUGAGCUCGUACACUUUGUUUCAAGCAAUGCCAUUCCCGUUGCUCCAGCUGGGGCUAUCUCACAAUCUGGCUCUGGUGGGGGUUCGGAUCCCCAUGAUGAUGACGAUGAUGACGAUAGUAGCAAGGAUAAGGGCAAAGGCAAGCAAAAGGAGAAGGAAAAGAUCCAGGAUUUCGAAAAUCUAGAAGGGGCAUUGCGACGCUUCGUUCUCGAGAAAAGAUCCCGCUCUAAGCUUGCCCCUGCUCGAACUUAUCUCUUGAAUCUUCUCGCCGACCUCAACGCGCUUGCUACAGUCAAUCGUGACGUUGCCCAGUCUGAGCUUACACGAGUCACAGAGGAGCUAGCCGAGAUUGAACCCGCCUAUGAGAAUGGCAAGAAAAAGAAGGGUGAAUUGAUAGAAGGUGUGGAUAGAGCCAUCGACGAAUCAUGCGAUGAUACAUACAACCAUACUCGUGCCACCCUGACCGACACCAUUGCACGGGUCUCUGAGCAAGACCUAGGCGUUGAGUAUCCCGGUCUCUUCUCGGCCUUCCAAUAUGCCGAGGAUCUGAAGCUGGCGAUGCUGGAUCAGAUCUCUGCAGCUCUUGCAGGUUGUGAAGACUAUGCCAGAGACAAGACCGUCCAGGGAGUUGGCUUCAUUCAAAACAUUGGCCUACUGCAUGUUGGCGAGGACAAGUUCAGUCCACUCAACUUCCGUGCGGACUUGAUGUUCCGCCGGGGUCGUCGUCACGCCUUUGGCCGGCAGGUCGAUGCAGAAGUCGAAUUUUUGGACUUCUUCGAUGUUGCUGGUCUAUGGGAGCGCCAAGAGAAGAUGGCAGGAACCGGUGUCGCAAUGACUGCACUUACUGUGGUAGGCGGCAGAGUCUUUGGUGGCUUCAGCUGGGUGGAUAGUGCACUCAGCGCGGUGAAAAUGCUCGGACCGAAUAACGUGCGCCGAAUGUUCAUCCCCGGUGUUCUUGCUGCUGUCGCCUUGACUGCGGCCUACAUGUUGUCCUCAAUCCCGUCAACAUUACCCCCCCGUAUCUCCCGAAAGAUUGCAGCGGCUCUUACAGAAAUGGACUAUGUUCAUUCAAAUGCUAACCGCAUUUCUACUGAGGUGCGGCGCAUUCUUCGUCUACCCGCCAAGAAUCUGCAAACCAGCUUGGCUCAGGACAUUGAGGAUCUCGCCCGGCGCAAGCAAGAAGUAAGCAAAGUCAAGCAGGAGAGCGAGGUUGCCACCAAGUACUUUUCAAACUUGUUCCGCGAUAGCAGUGAGAACCGCCGCUCCGUCGAGGGUCUUGAUCUCGAUGGCCCGCUUCCUGGUGCCAUGGGUGCCUUGGACCAAUGA